AUGGCUGCCGAACAGAGAAAGCUGCUAGAGCAGCUAAUGGGCAGCUCAACCACGUCGCGCAGCGCCCAACUGUCCCUCAACGACCCCAAAGUAUGCCGGUCCUACCUGGUGGGCACAUGCCCUCACGAUCUCUUCACCAACACCAAGCAGGACCUGGGGACGUGUCCCAAGGUGCACGCCGAGGGUCUAAAGGUGGAAUACGAGGCGCUCUCGGACCGCGAGAAGCAGCGGUACGGCUUCGAGUAUGACUAUAUGCGCGAUCUGCAAAAGUACAUUGACGACUGCAACCGACGGAUUGAUGCCGCGCAGCGCCGACUGGAGAAGACGCCCGAUGAAAUCCGCCAGACUAAUGUUCUGCUCAAAGGCAUAGCCGACCUCUCCACCUCGAUCGAAUGCGGCCUCCUGGAAGUCGAGAUCCUCGGAUCGAUGGGCGAAGUCUCCCGCGCGCAGGACGAGCUCUUCCGCGUCCGCCAGGCCGCCCAGACGAAAGCCGAGCGCGAGCGCGAGCUCAAGGCCCUCUCUGACACCUCUGGCCCCUCUGGCCACCAGAAGUUGCAGGUCUGCGACGUCUGCGGCGCCUACCUCAGCCGUCUGGACAACGACCGCCGGCUGGCCGACCACUUCUACGGAAAGAUGCAUCUGGGCUACGCGCAAAUGCAAUAUUACAGCAGCAGUAUUAGUAAUACCCUCGAGUAA